AUGGAAGAAGAAGCAUCAUCAAGCAUGGUUUCAAAUGCCAGAAAGCCUAUCAUCGUCGUCGAAACUUCGGAUUCAAAUUCUUGUCAGCACGAUCGUGUGUUUCGCAGAAGCAAGAAACGAGGAAGGCAUGAUAGCAAUGGUAAUGUAGCAAGAUUGAAAGGCAUUGUUCAGCAGCAAAAUGGACAUUGGGGUGCACAAAUAUAUGCAAACCAUCAAAGGAUUUGGAUAGGGACAUUCAAUACUGAGAAAGAAGCAGCUAUGGCCUAUGAUAGUAUGGCCAUAAGGCUUCGAAGCACUGAUUUACAUCGAAAUUUUCCGUGGACGGACCGGAAUAUUCAAGAGCCUAAUUUUCAGAACCAAUAUAGCACAGAAGCAAUUCUGAACAUGAUUAGAGAUGGAUCUUAUCAACAGAAUUUUGAGGAUUUUCUUAGAAAACAAACACAGAGAGAAGAAAUUGGUGGAAGUGGUGAUGGUCUCAAUGGAAGGAUGGUGCAUGGUGAUGAACAAUUUUCAUGCAUACGACUUUUUCAAAAGGAACUAACUCCUAGCGAUGUAGGUAAGCUUAAUAGAGUUGUGAUACCCAAAAAAUUUGCAGUUAAGUAUUUGCCCUACAUUUUAAAAAACGUUGAAGGUGAUGGGGCACCACUAAAUGCUGGCGUAGAAGACACAGAACUCAUAUUUUAUGAUAGGUUGAUGAAGUCUUGGAAAUUUAGAUACUGCUAUUGGAGAAGUAGCCAAAGCUUUGUUUUCACAAAGGGUUGGAAUAGGUUUGUUAAGGAGAAAAAAUUGAAGGAAAAGGAUAUCAUUACGUUUUAUACAUGUGCGUGCACAAAUUAUAAGGCACAAGAGCAUGCUCAAGACCAAAAAUUUUCCUUAAUUGAUAUAAUUUAUUACAAUGAACAAAGUGGUAAGCUUGAUGGGGUUAACCAAAUAGAGGAUAUGCGAAGAGAAUUGGAAGUCAGUUUGAGGCAGAACAUGAGAAGCAAGGUACAAAAAGAUGGCAAAGGAUUGAAAGAAGAGAAAGGGUUGAGCAAGUUGGAAUCAAAAAACAAGGUCAAGGAAAAAGAGCUUAGGCUUUUUGGGGUGAGCAUUAAGUGA